AUGUGCAUUUCCCAAGUAAGGCAAUUCACAACUGUCUCAUUUGAGUUUCAGAGAAAAUGGCUUGUGGUUACGGUUUUUGGAAUUAUUGUGAUUUGGAGGCACGAUGCUCUGGCCAUGUGGGCUGCAAUGGGAGAAGUUGCAAAUGCAUGGCUUGCAAUCACGUUAAAAAGAAUACUCAACCAAGAGCGACCUGUUGCUAUAUUAGGCACUGGCCCAGGCAUGCCAUCUUCACAUGCUCAGUCCAUCUUCUUCGCUUCUGUCUAUGCUAUCCUAUCAUUGGUUAAAUCUCUAGGAUUGAAUGGAGUUACAGUGACCAUCAGGGUGCUUGUCUUGGCUUUCAGAUCAUAUCUUUCUUGGUUACGUAUAUCACAACGACAUCAUACCAUCAGUCAGGUUGUGGUGGGUGCUAUUUUAGGAACCAUUUUCUCGAUUUUAUGGUUUCAGUCUUGGUACUGGUUCGUGCUACAAGCCUUCCUUUCCUUUUUAUGGGUAUGGAUUAUUAUUGUUGUUGGGGGCGUCACAUGCUGUGUGAUCUUUCUGUUGUAUGUCAUUAAACAUUGGCUUAUGGAUGGUGAAUGA